CCUCAAGUUUCAGUGAAACUUAGCUGCUCCUUAUUGGAAGAGUGGAUUUGGCCUUGGCCGGGACUUUGCACUGGAUUGUGUCUUCAGGGUUUUAGGAGUGGUGGUCGAAGGAAGAGCAGGAGCGGCAGGGUCAGCUCGGAGUCGCUGCAGCUCCGGUGGUUGUAGCAGCGGCUGUCCCGGCCUGGGACUGGUCCCUGGGCUGUCCCGGGAAGAUGCGCGCCUGGGGCCCGGCGUGGCUGCUAGGGUGCGCUGCCCUGCUAGCCGCUGCAGUCGUCUCCUCCUCCUCCUCCUCUAGCGUCUUGUCUCCAGGAGUCAACAAAACCAAAGGGAGAAGUCUUAUCGGUCACAAGAUCCCCUCAACAAAUAUCUCAUCCAGUGGGAAUGGAAGAUUCUACGUGGAUCCAUUUUCUGCAGAGAUUCUUACUGGAGGGCUGACUACUGUCUUCCUUCCAAUUGUCUAUACAAUUGUAUUUGUCGUUGGCUUGCCGAGCAAUGGCAUGGCUCUGUGGGUCUUUCUUUUCCGAACACAAAAGAAACACCCUGCUGUGAUUUACAUGGCCAACUUAGCCUUGGCGGAUCUCUUAUCUGUAAUCUGGUUUCCCUUGAAGAUCGCCUAUCAUUUGAAUGGCAACAACUGGAUUUAUGGGGAAGCCCUGUGCAAGGUGUUGAUUGGUUUUUUCUAUGGCAACAUGUACUGUUCCAUUCUCUUCAUGACUUGUCUCAGUGUGCAGCGAUACUGGGUUAUCAUGAAUCCCAUUGUGCGCUCCAGAAAGUUGUCUAACAUUGCCAUAGGGGUUUCCAUUGGAAUAUGGCUGCUGAUUCUGCUGGUGACCAUUCCCCUGUAUGUUGUGAGGCAAACUGUCUAUAUUCCAGACCUUAACAUCACAACGUGCCAUGAUGUUUUGCCUGCAAAUGUGCUGGCUGGAGAUAUGUUCAAUUAUUUCCUCUCUCUAGCCAUUGGUGUCUUCCUGUUUCCAGCUUGUCUCACGGCCUCUGCCUAUAUCCUAAUGAUCCGGACGCUCCGUUCUUCUGCUAUGGAUGAUUCUGGAAGGAAGACGAGGAGAGCUAUCAAACUCAUCAUCACUGUGCUGGCCAUGUACCUGAUCUGUUUCAUGCCUAGUAAUACUUUGCUGGUGGUGCAUUAUUUCCUGAUUAGAAACAGAAGCCAGAGCCACGUCUAUGCUCUGUACAUAGCAGCUCUCUGUCUUUCUACCCUUAACAGCUGUAUUGACCCCUUUGUCUAUUACUUUAUUUCUCAAGAUUUUAGGGAUCAUGCCAAGAACACUCUUCUUUGUCGAAGUGUCCGGACUGUGAAUAGAAUGCAAGUGUCCCUCACUUCCAAUAAAUUAUCUAGGAAAUCCAGCUCCUACUCAUCGAGUUCAACCAGUGUUAAGGCCUCUUACUGAUACACCUUUCAUAUCAGAUAGAAAUAGCAUUGUAGGUCUUAGAGUCUUCUAUACCUUUCAGAAGUGUCUUUCCAUCACGUUCUAUGAUCAGUGGGGAUCAUACUGCAACUCAGAUGGAGCUCUAUGCCCAGCGUUUCUAAGUGUUCCCAUGUAAAGCAAGUACUUUCAAUUCAAAUGGACACAUCACAGUAUGGUAGAAACAGCUGGAGUCAGAAGACCUGGAUUGGAAUCUGAGUCCUGCCACUGAAUGGGUGUGAUUUUAGUCAAGUCAUUUAAGCCUUUCCUGGGCCUUAGUGUCCUCUUUUAUAAAAGGAGACAAUUAGACUGGAUGGCCUUUAGGGACUCUUCCAGUUAUAGAUCUGUGGUUCUAUAUUUUCCCUUCAUACUCUUCCUUUGCUAAGCCUUCAGGUGUAACUGAACUAAAAGCAACUGUCGAUUCUUUUUUUUUGCAGGGGGGCAGGGUUUGUUUUUUGUUUUUGUUUUUGUUUUUUUAGCAACUGUCGAUUCUGAGGGAGAGAAGACUAAAAAAUGUACACAUAGAUGUCAUUAAUUUAGAGUUGAUGGAUGCUGCAAGUAACUGAUCAGUUACCUAAGGAUUUCUUGGCUUCUGAAUAUUGAUUAUGGAAUUUUAGAGCUGGAAGUUACUUGUCAAUUGGCUUCCCUAAAAUGUUGCCUUAGAAUAUUAGAGCUAGAAGGAAUCUUAGGGAUCACCUAGUCUGGACCCUUCAUUUCAUAGAUAUUAAAAAUAGGGCCCAGAGAAGGGAAUUGAUUUCACAAGGUCACUCAACCAGCCAGAGGCAGAGUUAGGACUCAGAUUUCCUGGUUCCUAAUCCAGGAUAUCUUUUGGAUGAUGACAUAAGGACCUGGCUUAAAAUCCUUCCUCCAGCACUUUCUCCCUAUGGAACUCCAGGAGAGUCAUUUCAUUUCUGUAGGCCUCAGUUUUCUCACCUGUAAAAUGGUGGGGUUGUACUGUAUAGUCUAUUUCUAAAUCUGUGCUCUAUGACCAGGAGACCACUGGUAAAUGUUGAACAAAUGACUCACUGAAACCACGUGACACACUUUUAACUUUAAUGUGUAUUAUUGACAUUUUCUCAAUAAGUUUCUGAAGUCUGGAUAAUCAACAAAACAAUAAAUCAAGCCCUAGUUUGUAGUGUCUGCCAAUCUCGAUAUGUAAAUGCUCACACUGAAAAUUUAACCAUCGGCUCUUAUGAGCUGAUACAAACUGGCUCAAGCACAUUCCUGUUUAUAAUUUCCAUGUGUCUCUUUUUAUUGGUCUUUGAUUUUUAUUAUUAUUACUUGUAAAGAAAAAUAUAAUAAUGAUUUUAAUCUGUAAGUAGCAUUAAAAUAUAAUUUUUAUUUAACUUCAAUGCAUAUUUCAGGUAUAUGGGCCAAGAACUUUUUUUUUUGUAAAUAAGAACCACAUUUUCCACUUAGAGUUUUUUUUAUUCAUGUUGCAAUAUUUAUUGUCAAAUUUUUCAUUAUUGCCAAAAUUAAAUCAUAAUAACCUGAUGAGGUUAUUCCUCUUAGAAAAAGAGACUGGAUGACAGCAAGCAUUCAUCAAGCAUCUCCUAUGUUGCAGGUGCUAAAUGACCAAAGGGAGGUGGGUCUUGUUGGGAAGGACCUUACAUUCUGCUGCGAGAGGGUCCACAUUGUACAGUCAUGUUUCACUAUUUGGGAUAUGUUAUUGAGUUGUAUAUACUUGUAUAGUUUCUUCUAUUAUAUAUAUACCCAGAAACUGACUUUUUUAUAGGUUUAUUCCAUUUGAUGAUUAUUUUUCAUAAUUGUACAUUUUAUACAAUAAUCUCUUGUAAAUAAAACUUGUUUUAUAUAAA